CGCAGGGCGACCACACGCACACCACCGUCUCCCAGGCGCCGUCAAUGUGCGCCCUGCUCAGCUGUGUGCGUAACUGCGUACGGGCGGCCCGUACAUUUGCGCCUGUGUGUGUGUGUGUGUGUGUGCGCGCAACUGUGUUUGUGGGCAGAAUCAUAACCUAAAUGACCUGAGUCCCAAAAAGGUGUGCGACGAAAAGAUCGAACCCAUUUUCGCGGACGGGCAUCUGUUUUUGCCGUGUUUGCGCGUACCGUCGUCGCUCUCGUCCCGUGUUUCCUCGCUCACGUUCGCGCACACGUGCCGAACGUACGGGAUUUGAUUUGCGACACACAUAUUCGAAAACAAAAUCGUUCGGGACGGAAGAAAUAAAGCCGCAGCUGCGUUUUAGAUAAAGGGGGAAAUUUGCGGCAUAUAUUAAAAAAAAAACACACACCCAACAACUCAAAAGAGCAUUCCCUUUUGCGAAAAGUGCACUCAGUGCCCUUCGCCCAAACGAGCAGUGGCCAGCAAACCACAGCGUUCGUCCCUUUCCGCUGCUAAAGAAACCCCUCCCCACGGAUGGGCAAAAACCCAUUCUCCAUGAAACGAAUGAGCAGCGCGUGUUAAAGUUUUUAAACCUACUGUACUCGAACAGGCGGUUCCCCCCCCUCCCCCACCCUUCUUCGGUGGUACCAUGGGUCAUCGAAGAAAGCGUAAUAAUAUGUGUGAACGUGUCGUUGCCGCUGGACUGUAAACGCGCCCCUCCUGCAACAGUUUGAGCUCGCAAAUUUGCAACCGGAACAUCAUCGCGCGCGAUCGCAAACCAGACCCCUUUGGGUAGCCCGAGCGUACCUGGCUCGAAGGGACAGAGAUUGAUUAUUUUGUUACAGCUUCGCUUUCCGUCCCUCCAACGGGAGGCAUGUAAGUGUGUGCAAGUGCAAGCAACAAAACACUUCUACCGGCGCCGGCGACCGCGUACACCCGCGUAUAAUGUGAUCAUACGAUGUAAAAUUGAGCCGGAACGCCCCAAACCACCACACACUUUUUUCUAACCCCCCCAGCCCCACGCUUUGCCGUGUCCCGUUUGUGUGUGUGUUUGAGUGUGCGCGUGUAAUUGUGUGUAUUUAUGAGCGUAUUAAUGUAAUUGAAAGUGCAAUUUAUAGUACGAAAAAGCGUGUACAGUGUUUAUAUAUAUAUCUAGUAUAAGUAUUAUAUUUUAGAAAAGUUUGCAUUUUGCGCAGCCAGUAAGCAGUCAGCCGCGUUCGCCCUGCUAGCGCCACCGAAAGCGUUGUGAUAUAGGUUUUGAAUCUGAGCAGGGUUAGAAGUUCCCAUUUUUUCCGUUUGUUUUGUUCUUCUUUGAUGUAAAUGUUAAAACCCCCGUUGAUUGCAACACAAUUUCCAAAAAAAAAAAAAAAUACAGACGAUAGGAGCGGCAUAAACAAAAGCAACAAAUUCGUGCGUACUGUGUGUAUGUGUGUAACCUCAAUUUGCAAAACAACAGAGGAGAUAGAGAGAGAGUGUGUCCCGAGUGCGCAAACUGCAGGCCGUCCGGUAGGGCAACUCUAGUGAUCAUGGCCUGCGCCGGCCGCACGACGCCAGCGUGCUGAGUAAAUAGUACAUCCCCUGUGCGGUUCCCUGUGCCCCGCCGCCACUGCCCGCUGCUAAGUAUAGAAAAUGCAGCACACCGGCAACCAGUUAACCCGCAGCAACUAACUGACCCGAGCGUGCGUUCCGUUGCGCGCACAUGGCCAGCAGUGUGUAUUUGGGUUUUCGGUUUGUUCUAUGUUUCGACGUCGUUGUUGUUGUUCUUUGUUUGUUGUUGACGUAAGACGAGCCCGUGCUGUUGUGCCGCAGAUGUGAACACAGAUGUGAACAGGGAAUCGAACGUCGGAGAGCGGUCCGAAGAGCAUUUCUUAAAUUCGCAUUUCGCAACGCGCGCGUGCGGCCUGUGUGCUUUUUUUUUCCUGUGGCCCCUGUGUUCCCCCGGGCCGGAUGUUACUGGACUGGCGGGGUGCGUGCGCCAGUCGUUCCCAUACCGUGCAGAGUAUUCGUGCACCAACACCACCAUCACCAUCAACCGGCCCCGGUGCCAUACACCGCGGCGUACCAGCGCCAACAACAGCAACACCACCACCAGCGCACACGACUUCAACAUUUAUCUUUUGCAUUUCGUCAUUUCUUGGCCUACUCGAUCAGCAGGAGCAACAACAGAAACGCCCCACCAACAGUAGUAACACGAGUAACACGACGCCACACACCACCGGUGGUGCAGCAGGCGGCGGCAGGAUGGAGAGCCCGAGUGCCGGCGGCAGGCGUCGCGGCAAUUCGCGCAUCAAUGCCGAAGAUCAGGCGCUCGAUCAGAUCGCAAAGGAGGGCAGCAGCAUCCGCAGCGACAGCUACCACGAUUCGUCCUCGCUGCAGGACCCGGACGAUGGGGGGGCGGCGAUCAUCCAGCAGCAGCAGCAGCAGCAGCAGCAGUACCAGCACGGCGGCUACGAACCGCACCGGCAGUACCAUCGACUGUCCGUGUCGCACACCGGCGACGAGUUCAGCUCCGAGGAGGAUGAAGCGUUCGUCGAGCUGCUCGAGCGGGCCAGCGACAUUGCCGAGGCACGAUUAGCGGCACGGCGCCAGGCCCGUGCGGAGGCCCGCGAGAUACGCAUGCGCGAGCUGGAGCGGCAGCAGAAGGAGCUGGAGCAGACGGCGGACCGGGUGUUCGACCUGCAGCAGCAGUCGAUCGGGCUGUCCGAGCCGGCGACCGCGCUGGUCGCGACGACGCCCCGGUCGAGCCGCAUCCUGGCGCAGAAUGCGGUGACGCGCGGCAGCGCCCUGUCGUCGCGCCGCAACAGCGAAGACUCGCUGGAGGAGGAAGCCCGCAGCCUGCGCGACCUACGGCACGAGCUGAAGGAUGUGGAGGAGCGCUUCCGGAAGGCGAUGAUUGCGAACGCCCAGCUCGACAACGAGCGGUCCUCGCUCAACUACCAGAUACAGCUGCUGAAGGACAAGCUGGAGGAGGUGGAGGAGUCCCACUCGCAGCUGCAGCGCGAGUACCGGGAGAAGUGCCGCGACCGGGAGGCGCUCAAGCGCAACAACGACAAGCUGAGCGAGGAGCUGAAGCUCGUCCAGGGCCAGCUGCAGGAGCGGGACGCACUGAUCGAGCAGCACGGGCUGGUCAUAGUCACGGUGGAGAACGAGGACGGUACCGAUGCGCACCGCGCCCUAGUCACAGCGGAUAACGCGCAGCUGCUCAAAUCCGUGCCCGGUUCCCUUGACGUAAGACUGAAAAAGUUUGCGGCCGAAAAGCAGGAGCUGCAGGCGGAGCUGCAGUCGCUGCAGCAGCAGCUGAACGAUAUUAAGAGCAAGGGCCGGCGGUACACCUCCAUGAACGGUUCGCUCGUCGAUGACGAUUACGAGGAUGCGCAGCGCGAAGCCAACAAGCUGAUCACCGAGUAUAAAUACAAGCUGCAGAAGGCGGAGCAGGAGAUCGCGAACCUGCAGGCCAGCCUGGCCCGCUCGGAAACGCAGGUGAUCCGGUACAAGAGCACGGCCGAGGCGGCCGAGAAGGCCGAGAGCGAUCUGAAGAUCGAGCGAAGAAAGCUGCAGCGCGAGAACCGUGAAGCGAUGGACCGGCUGGAGGAGCUAGAAACGUCAAACAAUCAUCUGCUGAAGCGGCUAGACAAGCUUAAGAACGUCAAGAGCAACAUCCUGAAGGACAUAUGAUAGGACCAGGGCGGCCCCCCGUCCCCAGUGACAUCCGGGACGUCGGCGACGAGGACGCAGCGCCGCCCGCCCGAGCCAGCCGGCGGCGAGCGCGGGAACCGUGGGAACAAAUAACUGGCUGCAGCAGCGCCCACAACCACCACCAUUCGGGGAGGGAGGGAGGGUUGGCGCAUUCGUUAGAAAAAAAAAACCCAUCUUCCCCCCCCCCCCCCUCGACGUGACUUGAUGCCCCCUUCGCACCAACCCCUUUGCGUAUAGUAGAAGCGAAAAGUAAACAUGAUAGAUAGAUCCAUCUCCCUCCCGCCACACGCGCCGCCGAUCAGUUAUGUAUUAUCCUUUAUCUCCUGUCCCCUGCCUCCCUCCCUCGCCACGCUCGUUUUACGCGCAUUGUAAGCGUAUAGGGCGCUGCGAUGGGGAGGGGCUCUGUGUGUAUGUGGCGUGUUGUAGUCCGUAUGUUGUGUAUAAAAAUGUUAUUUUGAAGCUUGAGAGAUCAUAAACGCAUAAAUCGGUAAAUAUGUAGAGAGAGAAAGAUAGCAUGGCCCAAAAUAGGCACAUCCUCCUUCCUCCCUUCCCCUUCCGACCAGACAAAAAAAAAAAGGAAACGCCUUCCACGCACACACUCCGCGGCGCUACACGGACACUCGCGAGCGCAAUGUGGCGCCCAUUGCUACCUAUAGCUACUACUCUCCCUGCUUCAGCCUGCACAUAAAAUGGCAUCGUGUAUUUAUUAUAAAAAAAAAAGUUUUAAUAUGUUUUUUUUAAUUAACAAAAAGCGAUCGUUUAUAGAAAACCUGUUCUGCGCCAGCGUGCCAGAAGAAUGAGCAACAUCUGGCAAAACGGGGGAGAGGGGGGAAGAGGGGGAGGGCCAAAGGGAUGGGUAAAUGAUUCAAAAGAACCAUGAUAGCUGACCGUAAACAAAAUAAUAAAUAAAAAAAAAACAUUGUAACUAGGAAUAAAUUUACACAACAAAUAGAACAGAGUGUCAGACAAAACUCGAAAACGUGCGCAGCCGAGGACCAUGUUUUGCUUCUUUUUUUUUUUUUAAUAAGCCAAUAUCCUCCUCCCGCGCUUGUUUACCGCUUGCCAGCUUUUCCGCCUAGGCCUCCCCUUUCCUGGCCAACGCACACACACACACACACACACACGCAUUGCACCAAUUUGGUUGUGCCACGAGUAUUACAGCACCGAGCAGAGUGCUGUCACGUGUGUGUGUGUGUGUGUGUGUGCUUUGGUAGUGAUUUUGCUCUAUUUGCUUUCGACUGUGUUUUUUCUUCUUCUUCUUUUCUUCUCGUUGUUAUACGUAUUAAGUGCGUACGCUUUAGAAACGUUUUCAUUUCCCAAAUCCAUCUCAACCCUAGGACGCGCGCGCGCGCGCGCUUAGCCUAAACAUUAUUUAUUUGUUAACGUAGACAUUUUAAAGUCGAAACAAUACACACGCACACUGAGAUUCAAUUGUGUAAACCAUAGAGCCGCGCGAGAACAGAGAGAGAGAGGGAGGGAGAGAGAAAGUGCAUCAAAUACUUGUAGUAAUAAGGCAACAGGAGGGCGCCUGGAAGACGGAGUUUUCCGUUUGCAAAGCGUUCUUCUCCUUUUUUUUAUUGGUGAUGAGUUUGUAAAGCAACAGUAGCGUUUCGGGAUAGAAUAUUAGAAAGUAUAUAAAAAAGCGAGAGAGAGAGAGAGAGGAGAGAGAAAAGAAAGGGAGAGAACGGGAGAGGUAGGCAGAUGGCAAUUGAUUGUAUGUCGGCAAAUUCCGCCCCCUGUUGCGAUUGUGUUUCAUCUUGCGAUUGUCGUGUAGCAAAAGAGAUUGUCGAGGAAAAUGGAAAAAAAAUCACAAGACUGCGACAAUCGUGGUUCCGUGAUUGUUUUUUUUUUUACAGGACAAACGGGACAAAUGUGUAAAUUUGUGUACUGUUUGUUUGUUUUUUUACACCAGUUUUACUUAAAUCGAUUUGUAAAUUUCAUGUUGCGUUUCUUUGCUUUUCGCUUCCUUCUUCUGUGUAUCUACAUUUUAAUGCGUUGCUAGAACGAUAUUAUACGAUCAAUAUGAGUUAUAGACUCUCUGUGUAGGCUGCUGCUGUCCCUGCUGUACCGGAAAAGCGAGCUGUUAGAAGAAAAAAUAUCUUAAAAACACCUUCCUCGCCGCGUAUGCUAGUGUUUUAGAUAGUGCGAUCGGAACGGUUGGUUUUACUUUUCAGUUUUCACUGUUCGGAUCAUCAAAUUAGUUGUGUAAACACACACACACACACACGCUUGUUUUAGGUCGAUUUUUAUUUAUUUUUGCUUGGCCCGGAAGCCGAAGAAGCAGCAGAAAAGGCAAGAAAAAGGUGUAAAACGAUGCAAAAGGGUAAUGAGGUGGACAUUUAAAAAAAACGAAACACUAAUAAAAAGGGCGCAACCUGCGUAAAUAUAGAACAAAAUAAUCAAAUAAAUGACAAACGGUGAGCCCCCCCCCACCCCAAACACCUGUGUUUAGGAGAUAGGCGUGAGUAGCGAUUAAAGAUUAGAAUAAAGCGAAACAAAUACUAGAGAGAGAGAGAGAAAUGAGGGGGAGAACGCGUAGAAAGGAAUGCAACCAACACACAUACACGCAAUGCGAUAUGCUUGAACGAGAAAAAAAAAAAAACAAACAAGUGCAGUUUUGGCGGUAAUCGAUACAGGAGUUCUCAUAGCAGUGGGACACUUUAUUGACUGCUUUCUUACGUGAAAUGAACUUAAUGUAAUAGGAAUUGGACUCUAUAGUAUCCUUGUUGGACAGAGUGCCGUAGAGUCUAAUUUCCAACAUAUGAAGUUCAAUUCCGAUUGGAUAGAGUCAAGGAAGUGUCCCACAACUAUGAGAACCCCUGGAAAAUUCUGUAAGACGCGGAAUGUAGACCACGAAGAGGAUUAUAAAGAGAGAGAGAGAGAGAGAGAGAGAGAGAGAGAGAGAGAGAGAGAGAGAGAGAGUGAGCGAGAAAUGUUUUGCAAUCGGCUUAUAUCGCGUUUAAUGGGUUUAAUAUGUAUAUGUUUUUGUCCGGAAGCCAGCGAGCGCGGAACUAUAUGAUACUCCUGUGUCUCGCAAACAAACAAACAAACAAAACGCCGCGUGUAAUCGGGCUCCUCCGGCGCGUUCCGGCGCGUUACUAGAGCUGGGCAAAUAAAUUCUUUUGAAUGAACGAAAAGAA